AUGUUGUGUGAUGUAUUAAUAGUUAGUAUGUUGAUGUUUUACUUCCGUUUCAAGUUAUUUUUAUUACUGAUUUCUGAUUUAAUUUGGUUCAUGCCAAAUUUAGAUAGUUCAUAAUAUUUUGUGCCUUUUAUUGCUUGCAGACUGUAACCAAAAUAAUUAUUUUUUUGUAUGUGUUAAAGUGUUAAUAAUAUUUGUAAUCACGUUAGCGAGUUCUUCGCAUAAUAUAAUAUAUACUAUUUAUUUGAUAACGAUUUAUUUUCAUCUUUUUAUGUUAAAUUGUAUGGAAGGUUUUGUGUAAAGAAUUAAAUUUGGUUUCAACUUCGUCAGAGUGGGAAAAACGAAUUCAUAAACUUUGAAAGCAGAUAAAACCAAUGAGAAGUCAAUGUCUGUUAACCACACCAUAAUUCAGAGCAUAUCUUAAUAUUCUAUUGAAAUGAAAUUAACAUGUCUAGACAAUAUUUUUCCAAGGCAAUAUGGCAUAAAAUACACCAAACAAGCACACAUAACUGAAAAACCGAAUUAUUUUCCGCCUUUGUAUCGUCAGUGCACUUAACUACUAUUGUGCCUAAGUAUAUUUCUUGCAAUGAUAGGGGUCAGGAAUUUUGAUCAUAUUUGCUAAACUUUGGCGUGAAAAAUUAAAUUGCGACCCAAAAGCCAUAGAGCUGGGGAAUUGGCAGCCAAUAGAAACCUGGCGAAAUUGAAGUGUCUAGAGAUUAUAUUAUCUGUUCUCAUUUGAAAGUGAAAUGUCACGGGAAAUAAUAUUAUUUUUGCUGGUGAAUUUAAUACACAAAGAUAACACUUGCAAAUUGAUUGAGCAAAUGAAUUUGGUGCUAUAUUUCCUUUAUGUUGCGUAUACAUAUUUCAAUUCACAGCAAAUUAUUCAACAAAUAGAUAAUAGUCAAAAGUUUAACUCAUUUAGUAUUUUAAAGUACUAGUUGACAAGACUUUCUUGGUUUAUCAUUCUCAUUAGCGGGAAGUUUUAAUGUCUUAUUUGGAAAGACCUACAGUGCCAAAGGCAUAAGGCUAAAUUCAUCAAAACGUGCCUCGUGUAUGCUGAAUUUUCACUGCCUUAUGAAUUUUCGUAUCAUUAGGAUUCUGCAAAAAUCCACGAUUAUGGCCUUAUUAAUUCGGCUCUCUGAACCACAUCCCCUUCUUUGGGACCACCAAACUGAUUAGCAAUCGCCAAGAAAUACUUUUAUAUUUAUGCUCCGCAUAAGCUGACCUCAACCGAUAAAUGAAGAACGGGUUUAAUGAAGAAUCGAAAAACUGGUUAUUUUUCUCGUAGCGACCAAAAGCCGUCUUUUUAUUGCUCAACAAGUGUCUACUUUUGCCCAAAGCCCUAUUUCAUAUAAAAUAGUAAAUAAAAAAUCUUUACAUUUUAGCACAAGGAAAAUACAAGCAAACGUCAUAGUUUCUCAAACAAUUGAUCCACACCAUAUUAUUUGCAAAGUCCUGAAAUGUAAGUAAUGUUGACAUUGAAAAUAAAGUUUGGCUGCAUUCUCGAAGGUUCAUGCUCUUGAUAAAAAUUCCCAAAUUCCAUCCCGCUGGGUAUAAUGACAUUUCAAAAACUCAAUGACAAUUACCUCCACCACAAGUCUUUUUCUGAGAUAUUUUCCGCUAGGAAAACCUUUCGCUAAUCAAACGAAUAUGGUUAAUGGUUUUAGCAUGUUGUGAUUGCUACAUCAUGCUUGCUUGAUUGUGGAAGACCAUUUUUUAACAGGUUUUAAAUGGUAAUUUCGGUAAUUUCCUUCCCUGACCACAUUACUAAAUAAUAUAUCUUAGGGUGCAGGGUAUGAAUUGUAUUUUGAUGCUCUAAUUUUCGCAUUGAACCUUGUUUGGAAUUUACGUUGAGGUUAAUCUUGCACUGAUUUUUUUUUUUUUUUUUUUUUGCUCUUUUUAUCCCUGUUCUCUUGGACCGGGAAGGGCGCGCACUGCACUAGCACAAAUGCUGAAACCGGUGUCCCAAUAACACCGCGAACGGAUAACAUGGGUGCACCAGGCCGCACAGGGACCCAGCCCACUGAAGGGUCACUUGCCUCCGCACCGAGGACGGCAUUGAAACGCUAGACAUUCGUCCCGUGAAGCCAAAUCACGCAUGCUGGAAAAAUGCAAACCAGCAAGUAGCGAGCCGGCGCCGGUGCGCCUCCCAACCCGUUGAGCUAUUUGAGCAUUUCAUCGAGUCACGUGAAACGUGAAGUUCAUGAUAAUUUAUGGGAGGGCAAAAAUACGAUAAAUAAAUUUCACAAAAGCUUCAGAAAAGUGAUGUGAUAAAAUCUGCUUUGAAGAGAACAUAAAUUUAUUAUUUUCGAUAUCUUGUGCUCUCUAAAGUAUGGUUCGCAGGGAAACAUAUGGGAUAUUAUUAUAAUCUUUAUUGACUUGUGGAGAGUUAAAGCCGCACGGUCUUCAUAUUCUAUUACUGAAAACCUAAAAUAUAUUUAAAAAAAAUGGAAAAACUCUUUCUCAUUGAUUUUAUAAUUUUAAAUAAAAUCUCUAUUAAACACCAAAGGUGUACAACAGACAAAGACAGAAUAAGGAUGUGUCAAAUUGUCCUUUACGCAUUCUAUGAAAUAGGAGAAGUUGAUUGGUAUAUCACAGAAAUUGCACUCACAGUCCUCACUCGCGCAGGACUAAUAGUUCACUUUUUUACAGAUUAAAUAGUAAAAAUCUUUGAUAAAAUAAAAUUAACAUCUUAAAAAAACGAAAAAAAGUCGUACACCGACGGAUUCCAAUAAAUGAAUGAUAUUAAAAAAACGAUACCGAGACCGUGCGAACUGUAAAUUUACUGACCUAUUACCAGCAUAUUUUAUGAUUUUACGCUUGGAAAGAAGGUAAAUUAGCAGUAAAAAAGAAGAAAAAGUGCUGUCCGCUGAUCAGCAGCACGAAAGAGAAGUGGGCGAGGAACAAGAGGGAAGGGACUUUUUUAUUUGUAGUAGUACCUAAUAGUUUUUGCCACAUUCAGUUGCCUGCUUACACCAUUCAACUUCUAUGCAGAAGGAGGUAAGAAAGAGAUUAAAAUCUCUCCUAAUAAUACUGGACUGUAUUUUCCAUUAUAUUACAAUCUGUGCUUGCGUUACUAGAAAUGGCACUGCUGAUCCCCAAUGAAACCGGUUGUAUGAUCCAAAUAUAAGAAAUAGGACCAAUUGGAGCAGGAUUAUGCUCUUUCAGUGGAUAUGCUUGAGUUGACUGCAGGUUUACCGCCAAUGAUGCUCCUAAAUCCAAUGAUGAGGCGCCACGCAAAAGCGCUGUUGGCGGUGGCGACAGCACUUCUCGUUGUAACAGCAAUACUCGAAACACACGAGUCGUAUGUAAACAAGCUGAAAGAUGAAUUUUACAAAGAGCAUAUGACUGGACCUCAAGCAGUAAUCAACAGUGCUUGCGUUUUGCCACGUUAUGAGCCUUACGACCCAUCAAUCAUACACUUCAUUAAGAGUUGGCCAAAGAUUGAUUGUGGAUCACCACAACCACCACUGACUUAUAUGGAUGACAAAGGCUACUUGCACAUCAACAAAACGGCUGUGCCAAAACUGAAAUACCCUUGGGAAAAAUUGGGCUGCUAUCAUUAUGAAAUAAUACGCUUGAAAAAUGACGACGACAGGAUUAAACUUGGUCCUGGAAAGGUUUUCUUUGACCCUGAACGCCUUCCGCAUGAGUUCAGUGUCGUAAGGUGUCUAGAGGAACCAAGAAAAAAGCUUAUUUAUGAAACUGGUUAUGCGCAAAUCAAGGAGAUGCCAAAAUCUUUAUCAAACAAGAGUGAAGCAGCGGCUAGGAAUGGAAGGGUGAAUGCACUUAUUUUUGUCUUUGAUUCGAUGUCAAGGCUAAAUUUCAUUCGACAACUUCCCAAAACCAGCAAGUUCAUACAAGAACGUGUAAAAGGAUUUGUGAUGGAAGGUUUAACAAAGGUGGGAGACAACACCUAUCCAAACAUGCUGUCUUUGCUAAGUGGCUUUUCGGCGAGCAGAUACCGCAAUGAAAAAGCUUUGCGCCCUUUUUGGGGCAAUGCAACAGCCCCCAGAGGAUAUUUUGAUGAUCUGCCUGCUCUUUGGAAAAACUUUUCGCAGAACGAUUAUGUCACUAUGUUUUCUGAAGAUUAUCCUAAAUUCACUGCCUUCAACUACAACGCGCAUGGCUUCAAAGUUCCUCCAACUGACUAUUACAUGAGACCAUUCUGGCUAGCCAUGGAAAAUCAAAAGCACCGUUUAUCUAAAGAUUCUAGAUGCUAUGGUAAUGUACCUAAGUACAAGUUCCUUUUGAACUAUGUUAAAGAUUUCGUUGCCAAAAUGCAAAGAGAAGGCCACGCGUUCUUUUCGCUCACUUUCCUAACCCAUCUUAGCCACGACCACAUAAAUUCUAUUAAGAUAAUUGACGACGAGCUUCUCUUGUUCUUCGAAUCUCUCGAGGUGCUAAACGUCUUCAGAAACUCAGUCGUGAUAAUCAUGGGAGACCACGGAAAUCGCUUUGAUCCAAUUAGAGGCACAGUUAUUGGUAGAGUAGAAGAGCGGAUGCCGUUCCUUGCUAUUACUCUUCCUCCGUCACUAGAACAUUUCAGAAGUUCCCUUGCGGCCAACUCAAAAAUCCUUACAAGUUGGCAUGACGUUUAUGAGAUGCUAAUGGAUGUGGCUGUCAAUAACCUUAAGGCUGUGUCCAAGGUUGUUCGAUACGGCUUCAAGGGCCUAUCUCUUUUUCGCCCCAUACCUAGCAAUAGGACUUGCUUGCAAAUAGGAAUACCUAGAGAAUAUUGUGUUUGCUGGGUGGAAAAAGAACUGGAUGUUAACGAUCCUAAAACUAAGAAGACCGGCGAAACUUUGGUAAGAAUUUUAAACGAACAGUUACAUCAGAAGGACAAAAAGAAAUUAUGCUCUCCUUUGCAACUAGAUAGUGUUAAGAAUGCACAAAAACUCAUGCCAUCUGCAACAGUCGCAAGGCGCGAUGAUCUCUCUGUAAUGACUAGAAUUACUAUUACCGUAAAGCCCUCAAAUGCACUGUUAGAAGGAACCUUGGAGGCUAAAGCUCUUCGUGGGAUUUACUUAGUGGGGAAUGUGAACAGGCUGAACAAAUAUGGAAACCAAUCUGAUUGUGUGACUGAUCCUACCUUAGCUUUAUUCUGCUUCUGCAAACGCACUGCUUAAUGUUAAGAAACCCUAGAGAAUUUGUCACAGACCGCACUAUUUGCAUUGCAAUUUAAUAUGACUUUCGUCUCAGCAAUGCCAUGGUAUUGUUAGUUAGAGGGGCCCACAAUGUCAAACCAAUGUUACAAAAAAAUGUGCCUGCGUCUGUUCCCUGUUAGAAAUGAAUUUAGACAAAAUUAUUUCAAGUUAAUGGCCUUAUGGUGGUUAUAAUCGUAAAAGCAUUCUUAUUAUAACUCUUCGCUUAUACUGAAUCUGAUAUAAAUAAAAUAAUUAAACUGAAACCAAGAGAUCAGCUCUGCACUUUACCAGUAUUUUUGUUGUUCAGCCUUAUGUGGCACAUCAAUCAUAAUAAUCAAAACAUACAUUUACAAUGUGAUGAACUUGUGUCAACAGAUAAUGGUUGUUAUAGAUGUUCCAAAUAAUAAAACUUUUUUAAGUAAC